GUGUAACUGCACGAAGUGCGCAUGCCCAGCAGCUUGUAGGGAUGUGUUUGACUUCGUAAAAACGGUAAGGAAAAUCUAAACGAUGGCUUUGUGCUGUUAGGUUUAUUCGGCUCAUAAAGGCUAACUAAUUUAUAUGCGAGAUAAUGUCUAUCUCUACGUAGAUUUCGGCAUUUUAAAGGGGUAACACCCCGCUCUCUCCGAAUGGCGGGUCAACGCCGUCGCGGCGUUGUUGUUUGGUGUACGUGCUGCCGCACAGGGACGUAAUUUUGAGGGGGAGCGGAGAAAAGAAAAAGUAGAACGGACGCACGUUAUCGUUCUGAAACAAGCGGUACGUAACCGCCGCCACGCUGUAAAUCUCAAGGUGGCUAGUAACAGCCCAGCCCCAGGUUACAUGAGCUCCAAACCGCUGCCCAAAGUCCAUUACUUUAGCUAGCUUAGCCAUCUUGCUAGCUACAAGCCGCUACCUUGCUAGCAAAGAUAGCCACACCAGUACACUGCAUGGGUGUAGGCCGUUCAUAUAUACAUCAGUGGCGUAGGCUAUUCGGGCAAAUGGCGCUUUAGCAGCUAGUUAGCUAUGUUCCACCUGAUCUCCUGACUGUAACUAGUGCACUGCCCAUACCCACAGAAACGUUGCGUGGAGAACAACUGAGUGCAAACUUGCUGUACAUUUUUUUUUAAAACUAGUAACGAUAGUUAGUUAGUUAGCUAACGCAACGUUUCUGUGGUUAUGGGCAGUGCACUAGCAGUAGUUACAGUCAGGAGAUCAAGUGUAACAAUAGCUAACUACUAGUUAAAAGUUAUGCAUAGCAAGUUUUCAGUCAGUUUUUCUCCUCACCUUUUAAAUUUGUAGGGACCACGUAGGAAAGAUAGUUAGCUAGUAACCAUGUGGCUUUCAAUGAGCCCUAUGCAAUGCCCCCCUUUCUAAUAACUAUGACAUAAUAACUGAAUACCUCUGGAGGUUAAAAUGAGCUGAAACCAUACAAACUGAGAGGCAACUGAACUGAAUCUGUUUAUGGGCAUGGUCUUCCCUAAGACCAUCUUAUCCAGAUUCUGCCUUGGCCUGUCUGUCCUCCUCUAUGUGUGUAGUCUUUAUCACACUCACAUUCUUCUAAUCUAGCCUACAGUUGAAGUCGGAAGUUUACAUACACCUUAGCCAAAUACAUUUAAACUCAGUUUUUCACAAUUCCUGACAUUUAAUCCUAGUAAAAAUGCCCUGUCUUAGGUCAGUUAGGAUCACCACUUUAUUUUAAGAAUGUUAAAUGUCAGAAUAAUGGUAGAGAAUGAUUUAUUUCAGCUUUUAUUUCUUUCAUCACAUUCCCAGUGGGUCAGAAGUUUACAUACACUCAAUUAGUAUUUGGUAGCAUUGCCUUUAAAUUGUUUAACUUGGGUCAAAUGUUUCGGGUAGCCUUCCACAAGCUUCCCACAAUAAGUUGGGUGAAUUUUGGCCCAUUCCUCCCUCCUGACAGAGCUGGUGUAACUGAGUCAGGUUUGUAGGCCUCCUUGCUCACACAUGCUUUUUCAGUUCUGCCCACACAUUUUCUAUAGGAUUGAGGUCAGGGGUUUGUGAUGGCCACUCCAAUUCCUUGACUUUGUUGUCCUUAAGCCAUUUUGGCACAACUUUGGAAGUAUGCUUGGGGUCAUUGUCCAUUUGGAAGACCCAUUUGCGACCAAGCUUUAACUUCCUGACUGAUGUCUUGAUCUGUUGCUUCAAUAUAUCCACAUCAUUUGCCUUCUUCAUGAUGCCAUCUAUUUUCUGAAGUGCACCAGUCCCUCCUGCAGCAAAGCACCCCCACAGCAUGAUGCUGCCACCCCCGUGCUUCACGGUUGGGAUGGUGUUCAAUCAAUUUUAUUUUAUAUAGCCCUUCGUACAUCAGCUAAUAUCUCGAAGUGCUGUACAGAAACCCAGCCUAAAACCCCAAACAGCUAGUAAUGCAGGUGUAGAAGCACGGUGGCUAGGAAAAACUCCCUAGAAAGGCCAAAACCUAGGAAGAAACCUAGAGAGGAACCAGGCUAUGAGGGGUGGCCAGUCCUCUUCUGGCUGUGCCGGGUGGAGAUUAUAACAGAACCAUGCCAAGAUGUUCAAAAAUGUUCAUAAGUGACAAGCAUGGUCAAAUAAUAAUCAGGAAUAAAUCUCAGUUGGCUUUUCAUAGCCGAUCAUUAAGAGUUGAAAACAGCAGGUCUGGGACAGGUAGGGGUUCCAUAACCGCAGGCAGAACAGUUGAAACUGGAAUAGCAGCAAGGCCAGGCGGACUGGGGACAGCAAGGAGUCACCACGGCCGGUAGUCCCGACGUAUGGUCCUAGGGCUCAGGUCUCUCAGUUGGCUUUUCAUAGCCGAUCAUUAAGAGUUGAAAACAGCAGGUCUGGGACAGGUAGGGGUUUCGUAACCGCAGGCAGAACAGUUGAAACUGGAAUAGCAGCAAGGCCAGGCGGACUGGGGACAGCAAGGUGUCAGCAUGCCCGGUAGUCCUGACGUAUGGUCCUAGGGCUCAGGUUCUCAGAGAGAAAGAGAGAACGAGAGAAUUAGAGAGAGCAUACUUAAAUUCACACAGGACACUGGAUAAGACAGGAGAAGUACUCCAGGUAUAACCAACUAACCCCAGCCCCCCGACACAUAAACUACUGCAGCAUAAAUACUGGAGGCUGAGACAGGAGCGGUCCGGAGACACUGUGGCCCCAUCCGAAGAAACCCCCGGACAGGGCCAAACAGGAAGGAUAUAACCCCACCCACUCUGCCAAAGCACAGCCCCCGCACCACUAGAGGGAUAUCCUCAACCACCAACUUACAAUCCUGAGACAAGGCCGAGUAUAGCCCACAGAGGUCUCUACCACAGCACAAACCAAGGGGGGGCGCCAACCCAGACAGGAAGAUCACGUCAGUAACUCAACCCACUCAAGUGACGCACCCCUCCUAGGGACGGCAUGAAAGAGCACCAGCAAGCCAGUGACUCAGCCCCUGUAACAGGGUUAGAGGCAGAGAACCCCAGUGGAGAGAGGGGAACCGGCCUAGAAGAGACAGCAAGGGCUGUUCGUUGCUCCAGAGCCUUUCCGUUCACCUUCACACUCCUGGGCCAGACUACACUCAAUCAUAUGACCUACUGAAGAGAUAAGUCUUCAGUAAAGACUUAAAGGUUGAGACCGAGUCUGCGUCUCUCACAUGGGUAGGCAGACUGUUCCAUAAAAAUGGAGAUCUAUAGGAGAAAGCCCUGCCUCCCGCUGUUUGCUUAGAAAUUCUAGGGACAAUUAGGAGGCCUGCGUCUUGUGACCGUAGCGUACGUAUUGGUAUGUACGGCAGGACCAACUCGGAAAGAUAGGUAGGAGCAAGCCCAUGUAACGCUUUAUAGGUUAACAGUAAAACCUUGAAAUCAGCCCUUGCCUUAACAGGAAGCCAGUGUAGGGAAGCUAGCACUGGAGUAAUAUGAUCAAAUUUCUUGGUUCUAGUCAGGAUUCUAGCAGCCGUAUUUAGCACUAACUGAAGUUUAUUUAGUGCUUUAUCCGGGUAGCCGGAAAGUAGAGCAUUGCAGUAGUCUAACCUAGAAGUAACAAAUGCAUGGAUUAAUUUUUCUGCAUCAUUUUUGGACAGAAAAUUUCUGAUUUUUGCAAUGUUACGUAGAUGGAAAAAAGCUGUCCUUGAAACAGUCUUGAUAUGUUCGUCAAAAGAGAGAUCAGGGUCAAGAGUAACGCCGAGGUCCUUCACAGUUUUAUUUGAGACGACUUUACAACCAUCAAGAUGAAUUGUCAGAUUUAACAGAAGAUCUCUUUGUUUCUUGGGACCUAGAACAAGCAUCUCUGUUUUGUCCGAGUUUAAAAGUAGAAAGUUUUCAGCCAUCCACUUCCUUAUGUCUGAAACACAGGCUUCUAGCGAGGGCAAUUUUGGGGCUUCACCAUGUUUCAUUGAAAUGUACAGCUGUGUGUCAUCCGCAUAGCAGUGAAAGUUAACAUUAUGUUUUCGAAUAACAUCCCCAAGAGGUAAAAUGUUCUUCGGCUUGCAAGCAACCCCCUUUUUCCUCCAAACAUAACGAUGGUCAUUAUGGCCAAACAGUUCUAUUUUUGUUUCAUCAGACCAGAGGACAUUUCUCCAAAAAGUACGAUCUUUGUCCCCAUGUGCAAUUGCAAACCGUAGUCUGUCAUUUUUAUGGCGGUUUGGGAGCAGUGGCUUCUUCCUUGCUGAGUGGCCUUUCAGGUUAUGUCGAUAUAGGACUCGUUUUACUGUGGAUAUAGAUACUUUUGUACCUGUUUCCUCCAGCAUCUUCACAAGGUCCUUUGCUGUUGUUCUGGGAUUGAUUUGCACUUUUCGUACCAAAGUACGUUCAUCUCUAGGAGACAGAACGCGUCUCCUUCCUGAGCGGCAUGACGGCUGCGUGAUCCCAUGGUGUUUAUAUUUGCGUACUAUUGUUUGUACAGAUGAACGUGGUACCUUCAGGCGUUUGGAAAUUGCUCCCAAGGAUGAACCAGACUACAAUUUUUUUUCUGAGGUCUUGGCUUAUUUCUUUUGAUUUUUCCAUGAUGUCAAGCAAAGAGGCACUGAGUUUGAAGGUAGGCCUUGAAAUACAUCCACAGGUACACCUCCAAUUGACUCAAAUGAUGUCAAUUAGCCUAACAGAAGCUUCUAAAGCCAUGACAUCAUUUUCUGGAAUUUUCCAAGCUGUUUAAAGGCACAGUCAACUUAGUGUAUGUAAACUUCUGACCCACAGGAAUUGUGAUACAGUGAAUUAUAAGUGAAAUAAUCUGUCUGUAAAUCAUGCACAAAGUAGAUGUCCUAACCGACUUGCCAAAACUAUAGUUUGUUAACAAGAAAUUUGUGGAGCGGUUGAAAAAACGAGUUUUAAUGACUCCAACUUAAGUGUAUGUAAACUUCCGACUUCAACUGUAUUUGUCACCAUUGUACUCUUCUUUCCUAUCUGGGGCCUUCAGUAAGCUACACUGGGAGAGGAGUCAGGAUGGCACAAACCGAGGUGACGACAGUCUCCAUGGGGGACCUGAUGGUGAUGAAGGCUCCUGAGGAAGAGGAUGGUGAUGACAACGAAAGCAAGACACAGGUCAUCCUCCAGCUACAACAAAUCACAACAGGGUAGGUACACACUGAUGUUUACUUGGGCCUGAUAGGGGAAAAGAGGACAAGACUAGUGUAACAGAGUUGGUUCAGUGAACCACACUCGCAUGAUGGGUCCCUAAGCUAAUUACCUAGGCUUUAGGUUAGUGAGUUAACAGUCUUGUGGCAGGCAGACCCUGCUUAGUUUUCAUUUGUUUUGUGGUUCACUUUCCGUUGCAGUAUGGAUGAGUCGGGAGAGGCAGACACAGCUGUUGAGGCACACCCAGGUAAGUAACACACACACACACACACACACACAGUCACACACAAACAAAGCAUAUCAUAAAACGUGCACGUGUGUGUGUUCCUUGAGAAGAAACCACCGUUGACGGGGAGGACGUGGAGUUGGGUUAUCCCAUCACAUGUGGAGAGUGUAAAGCUGUGCUGCUGGUCAAGAAGUUUGUCUGUCCUGGAAUAAACGUCAAAUGUGUCAAGGUUAGUAUUGUCAUGGUAAUUGUAUUUUCGACAGAAAUCAUAAAGCUUUUCAAAUGCUAGUGUGCAGAGAAGGAACAGCUCAGACUGCCAGCUUUGGUAUACUUAUGAAGAGUUUUACUCCUGUUUGUACAAUGUCAGCAGAAGAGAUUGUGAGAAUGUCACAUACCGUUUGCCUCAACAAUGCCUUAGACAUCAGUUGAAAGUUUCUCAUUGGCCAGUUGUUUCUUUGCUGUCUCCUUUAUGAUAAGGUGAUAUAGGUAUCUGUUUUGUAAUCCCAGUGAACAGAUGGUUCCUUUCUACACUCUCUACCUAUUAUGUCUGCCCCAUACAGUAUGAAGACCAGCUGAUCAGUCCCAAGCAGUUUGUCCACAUGUCUGGGAAGGCUACACUGAAGGACUGGAAGAGAGCUAUCCGGAUGGGCGGGGUCAUGCUCAGGUGAGGAGUAGAGUCGACCGGUCCCAAAUCAACCCCUAGCCUCUAGCCCCUACCCCCUAUGCACUUGUGGAGAGAUCUGAGAUCAUUAGAUAGGCAAAAUGCCUAUCUCUUAGGCAUAAGAGGUAGUCAGGAAGUUAGAGAGGUGGGCCAGAAACUGGAGGGUUGCAAGUUAGGAUCCCAGGUCUGAAGGGAAAAUCAACCCAAGCUCUCUUUCCUCACUCUCAUCCUUUAUCUAAUCAUCUCUCUCCUUCAGGAAGAUGAUGGACUCGGGGCAGCUAGACUUCUAUGAACACAGCACUCUGUGCACCAACACGUGUCGUAGCACCAAGUUUGACCUGCUGAUCAACAACACACGCUUCCCCCCAGACGGCAGUGGCCUCACCACAUCCACCUCCUCACAAGGUGAGACCAGACACGCCCCUCCCUGAGGGCUGUAAAGAUCUCAGAUUGUCUGUGGCAAAACAAUUUAAAAGUUUGUCUGGCAGUUAUUUUCGGUAAAGAACCUUUUAAUCCUAUUUUCUCCCAUUUAUCUCCUUUUGAAUUUGUGAAAUUUUAAGGCAUGUCAAUGAACUGUACAUUUUCAUUGGGAUAUAUAUAUAUAUAUAUAUAUAUAUAUAUAUCACACACACACGUUUGGAAUACGUUAUCAGUCAAUAAGCAUCCAGGACCGGAACCAUCCGUUUUUUUGUUGUGUAUUGAAUAUUGUAAGUAGUGUAGCUAACCGUCUCUCCCCCUGUUGAACAUGUAGCCCAGGUGGUGAUUGGUAAUGGUGGCCAGGUUGCCAUGACAACAGAGGAGAGGUCAGAGGUUCUGACCGGAACAGUGGAGUGGAGUUCAGGGGCCGUAGCAAUGGAGACGACAGAGAAGAAGGAAACCAGUGAGAUAUCAGGUGAGUUCUUCACCCAAACAGCUCCCUAUUUACUGUAUUUAUACUCUCAACUCUGAAGUCAAAUAGUUGUCUGGGCAUUAGUCUUGUAUUAAUCUUAGCUUCAUACCUGGGUCAAAUACUUGCUGUUGGGUGCAAUUGAUUUAGAUCGCCCGGUAAAAUGAAACCAAUGGAAUAAUCCCCAAAGUGCAAACUCCACCGACCCUGCAUGCCGGUCAAGCUAAACCAACCACAUCUCAAGUAUUUGAAAGUAUGUGACACGUAUUUGACUUUAGGUCUGCUUGGCAUGCGACUGGAUGAAUUCUUUCUCAUCUCUCUCACACUCGUAUCAUUAACUGUGACUCAAAUGGCAUAUACCCUACUUUGAAUUUGAACUUUGAACUCUGCUGUGUCCUUUAUGUUCCCCCAGAGGAGACGUUGAACUUCUGGAAAGGCAUAGCUGACGUGGGCCUAAUGGGGGAGGUGGUGGACAACAUCAGGACAGAGCUGCUGGAGAUGCUGAGAGGAGUGCAGCUACGCAGCGAGCAGGCUGCCAUGCAGGACGCAGGUGGGUACUGGCACCUAGGACACAGGGGAUAGGGUACAGGUCAUUUCUAAGGGUAUAUGCAUGGUGCCACACAGGUGCAAUGUUGAUUUCUGUUGAUCAAGUCUGGGGAUGAAAUAUAAUGAGGAGUAAUGUAAAGACUAGAUUAUGGGUCUUUUGUGGGGCAACCAAAAAAUAAGCUACAUAUGUCUUGUUGAAACACAUUUAAUGUCUUUGAUUAAUUGAUUGACUGAUGGAUGUGUUGUUACUGACCAUGUGAUUGAUUGCCCACUGAUGGAUCUCAGAUUCCUGUCUGGUAGAGGUGGCAGUGUUGAGUAACCUGGCCCAGGUGUUCGGCCUGCUGGACUCGGUCAAACACAUCCUGAACGUAAGGAGAGAACAGACUGACCCUGGAGAGGAGCAGGUCCUUAGCACACUGACCAGUGAGUAAUGAUCAAUUCAGUAACUUCAGGCAGAGGAAGGGAGAUUGAGAUAUGUAGCCUAGUAAAGUAUUCCUAUGAUGUUUUGGAUAAUUUCAAUUUUAGUCAUAUCAUUUAAUGUCAAUGGUUGGGAAACCAAAAAUGUAAUUAAAGUCUACAUUCAAUAGCAAAGAUAGACCUGAAUUGGAUAUUGCCUCAAACAAAAACUAUUCACUUGCUAAUUGAUACAGUGGAUUACUGUAGCGCACCAUCUCUGAGUCAUUUCUGACCUCUGACCUGAUCUCCACAGACCUGGAGCUGCAGCUGGAGGAACAGAGACGACAGCAGCACGCCAGAGCUCAGCUCUGCCUCCCCCAGCCCCUCAACAACAUCAGCCACACCCCAGGAGGCAAACCCACCAAGCCCAAGGCCAAACGCCCACGUCUGCAGCGGCCAGCCUCCACCACCACCCUCCUCACCUCCUCCCUCUCCCAGCCCCAGACAGCCACCUUGCAGCCCCAGCAGUUCACUAUCCUCUCCCCCAUUUCAUUCUCCUCCAUGGGCCAGCCCUUCUCCCUGUCCGGCCUGUCUGGCCUGUCAGGCCUCCCCAUGACCACGCUGGGUCAACAGAACAACACGGUGACCCUCCACACCCUACCCGCCGGCGCCCAGACCUUCACCCGAUACAUCACCACCAUGGUGGGGGCCGACGGCAAGAUGGAGACCUUGACGCUGCACCCGUCCCAGGGGCUGACGCUGGUGGGCACCACCCUCCAGGACCCAAGUCAGCUUGGAGGAACCAUGAUGAGUCCGCUGGAGCUGGUCCAACUCACCCAGGGAGGGGUGACCGUCAGUGGGGAGAUGAUGGUGGAGCAGCCCAUGGGCCAGGUUGUGGAGGGUGGGACAAUGGUACUCCACCAGGAGGGGAUGGUACAGGAGGGAUUGGUGGAGGGAGUAGAGGACAAGAGCCAGGCACAAACCGUGACCGAGAUUGACCCCGCGCCGGGCGACCAGGACCAGACCAUGGGGGCGGUGAUGGAGCUACAGCUGGCCCAAGAAGGAGAGGCUGAGGCUGGGGAGGAGGGCUCUGCCAUGGUGGUCCAUGGUGGGAUGGAGGUGACCAUGGUCUCGGAGGAGGUGGAGGGAGAGGUAGGGGAGGGGAUGGUGGUUCAGGGGGAGUCUGAGGAUGCCCAGGGGGAGGUUCUCGAAACUGGGCAGCAGAGCCAGGUAGAGGGGAUACAGCUGGACGCUAACGGGCAGAUCUCAGGCCUAAGGAUAAUGGUGAUCGAGGAGGAGACUCAGGAAGAGGACAAGGCCAAA